UCCACCCAAAGCUUCCACUAUUCGGUGAGGACGGCGAGGCAGAGAGAGAGUUCUUACAGAGAGUUUUCUUAAGAUUAGUUCUAGAAAGUCUUAAUAGUUUCAUCUUCUUCCUCCUCUGUUUUUUUUCUUAGCAGCUCUCUGAAACUUUCUGUCUUCUCCGAGAAAAAUCUGAUCUUUGACCAGUUUUCUUUUGAUCUUUUUUUUGUUUUCUCUGCUCAGCCUGGUGAGGUUUUGUUUUUCUGAAUCAAUCAGGUUGUUUUCUUCUUUCUAGAUCUAAAAGAGGAUACCUUUUUAAUACCUCUUUCUCUCUCUGGUUCUUUCGUUUUGUUUAAGAACCAGCUGGGUUUUGCUUCCCUUUCUUCUAGCUUUUUCUGAUUCAUAAGUUUUUAAGAAGGAAUUCUUCCAUGGCCACGGCUAUAGAUAUGUAUAAUAAUAUGUCAGAUGUCUGCUACGAUAAUCUUUUUACGAAGGAGCUUACGGAAGCACUUGAGCCUUUUAUCAAUAGUGUUUCCUCUUCUCCUUCUUCCUUCUCCUUCUUUCCCCCUUCUUCGUCUUCUUCUUCUUCUUCUUCCAAAGUCAUCUCCUUUGAUUCCUCCCCUGCUCCUCUUCCUCUUUUCCCCUCCUCUCUUUCUUCCUACCAGCUCUCUUAUCCUUCGCAAAAUCCCACCUUUGAUUACUCUGUACCAUCAAUUUGGAAUCACCAAGAUUCCUUGAGCUCAGAUCGUCCGAUCGGGCUUACUCACCUCACUCCCAACCAGAUCCAACAAAUCCAAGCUCAACUCCACCACCACCGCCACCACAACCGCAACCCCCUCGCCCCGCGAACACAGCCCAUGAAACUCUUCAGUGAGGCGGCUGCAAAGCCGGCGAAGCUCUACCGCGGCGUGCGGCAGCGCCACUGGGGCAAGUGGGUUGCCGAGAUCCGCCUCCCUAAGAACCGCACCAGGCUUUGGCUUGGCACCUUUGACACCGCCGAGGAAGCCGCCAUGGCUUACGACAAAGCCGCCUUCCGCCUCCGCGGGGAAUUCGCUCGCCUAAACUUCCCCCAUCUUCGUCACGUCGGAGCCGGCGUGGGGCUUCACUCCUCCGUCGACGCUAAGCUGGAGGCCAUUUGCGAGAGCCUGGCGAGCACGCAGAACCAACAGAGUGCAUCAUCGUUAGCCGCCGUUGAAGUGAAGAGUGAGCCGGAGGCAUCAUCGGAGGGGGAGAUAUCGUCGGAGGGAUCAUCCCCUAUUUCGGAAAUAGAGAAUUUGGACUUUACAGAAGUACCUUGGGAUGAAUCUGAGAAGUUUGUGCUGAGGAAAUAUCCCUCUUGGGAGAUUGAUUGGGAUUCUAUACUGUCUUAAUGGUUAUUUUUAGUAUUAAUAUUAUUUAUUUUUGUGGGGAAUUAUGAAUUUGGACCUUUGCAAAAUGGAAUUUUUGACAUUUGCAGGGUAGUUAAAGGUAGGAUGGUGGUGUUUUAAUAGGUAGAUCUCUCUCUGGUUUACCAUUUAUUUUUCUUGGUAUUAUCAGAGAUGGAGGGUGUUGUUAGUAAUAUGUAUUUUUAGAGUUGUAAUUGUUGAUGUAGUUAUGAUGUGUAUUUGCUUAAUUAUUGUUGGGCUUGCUUUUUAAUUUUGAAAAA